GCGGCUCUAUUGCAUAUUAAAUUGUGACUUCAGUGUGGAUAUCUUUUCUUGUAGAAUGCAACGACAUGCAGAUGGUUGAUAAAUUUAAGCAAACAGUUAUGUUGCUGUUUGCUUAAAUUGUGUUUUUAGGGGUUCAGGUUCAACAUUUGCACCAUGUGUUAGGAUAUGAUAUGUGAGCCAAAUAAUAACUUUUGGACCUUUUACAGUGCCUUGAACAUAGCAUGUUGCUAGAACAUCCUUAUUGCACUCAGCAUUGAAGCCAUAACACAUGAUUGAUAUCUUUUUCUUACUCAUCAAACCCUAUAGAUGGGGGCAUCCAGUAAGACAGCACUUCCAUCAGGAUAGAAAUGUGUCACAGAUAGGAUUUGUAUUGAUUUGCAACAACAAAGGGAACAAAUGGACCCAAAACAUGUCUGCGAAUUGUCCUUCACAGCAUAAAAGAGCCACCAGAUCUCCUCACUAAACUGGUCAAGGGUUCAGGUUUUUCCUAUAUUUUGAAUAUCAGCAGAUCUAAACUGCUGCUGCGGUUGCUUUUACUUCCUGUCGAUGCCACAGGUUGAAUGAGUCUGUCAAUCACAAAACACAUCCCUCUUGUAGAGAAACUGCAGCCUUCUAAUUGUAACUCAGUAGUUAGUAAGUUGUAUCCUAAAAUAUCCAAAAAUGUUGCACAAAUUACUCAAAUGGGCUCUGCCCUGAGGUCAUAAACAUGAACAAUUGCAUCAGUGUUCCCAUGUGAUUCUGCAGGCACUAACCAGUAUCUGGUGGUCUGCCUUAGAGCAACAGUGAUCUUUUUAUAGGGCAGGUUUGUCAGGUGUACCUUGGAGCAAAACCAAAAAAGUUCAAUUUAAAUUUAUAGUAGAGGUGUCGUAGUAUGGUCAACAACUAUCAGAACUCAUAUCAGAUCAGAUACUACAGAGGAAAGCCACUUCAUUAAUACCUCAAUAGGACUCCAAAGCACAGUUUUUGAGAAAGAAAUUAGAUUUUUUUAAAAUUAUUAUUAUUUUAUUUUUCUAUGGUGUUAAACAUUGCCAUAAAACAGAGGUCAUGUUAUUUGAUAUGAUGAUUUUUUUUUAAAAAUAAUUAUUAUUAUUAUGUAUUUCCUGUGGGGUUUUAGUGAGUUUAAGUGAGUUUUCCAAAGGCUGAUUAUCUCAUCAUUUUCGCCUCAGUAAUAAUAUGUACAGACUAUCUUGUAUUCUAACACAGGGCUUUAUAAAGGGAGUGGUGACUCAUUUAUUGUGGCGUGUUGUCUAUCUUGUAUUUUCUGCAGUUGUCUUCUAGCAGUCUGGUUGCUUCAUUUAGAAUCGCAGCCAAUAAAAUAAAAGGCUGUGAGAAAAGAGCUCCGCUUAGGCUGCAUUAUCUUCAGCGCUGUUCGCCUUAUCUCUGGAUGUCCGAGUCUUUUGACAUAUAUGGAUAAACCCGUCACCCUCCCGCCUGACAAUACAGUCCCAAAAUAAUCCGAGAGCGCACAGCUGAGCCCUGCGCGGCGCCGCACGCUGCUCCGUCGCCGCCGACGCACCGUGAGAGGAAACACUGCCGCAAACAUCUACCAUCAGUAAUGACGAAAUUCAGCUAUUCUGACUACUUAUCUCAGUUCCGUAACGCCGGACGUAAAUGUAAUAAUGUUCUGUCGCGACUGCGUGGAGAUAGGAGGCGAGGAGACAAUCAGAGCGACGGAGCGUCAGAGGCGGAGGAUGUUGACCCGAUGGUCUUUGCCAUCAGGAGAGGGGAUGUGGAGGCUGUUAAUGAUCUGGUGACAUCCUCUUCUCACAGCCUGCUGAAGGAGAACAAAGAUGGUUGGAUACCCUUGCAUGAUGCCGCCUACUGUGGACAGACUGAGUGCCUGAAGACCCUAUUGAAGGCCCAUCCAGGCUCAGUAGACAAACGUACACUGCAGGAGCAGACGGCGUUGCUGCUUGCUGUGUCUUGUGAACACUUGGCGUGUGUGCGGUGCCUUCUGGAGGCAGGCGCUGACCCUGACAUCAGCAGCAAUAACAAAGAAACUCCUUUGUACAAAGCAUGUGAGUUGCAGAAUGAGGACAUGGUGAGCCUCAUUCUCUCCUGCGGGGCCACUGUGAACCAGCGGUGUGGUCAGGGAUGGACAGCCCUGCACGAGGCCGUGUCCAGAAACAACACAGACAUCUGUGAGAUACUAAUAAGAGCCGGGGCCACAAUCAACCCACCAAAUACCUACAGCAUCACGCCUCUCAUUGUAGCAGCCCAGCGAGGACAGAUGAGGGCACUGUGUUACCUUGUUGGGAAAGGUGCAGAUGUGAACAUGCAGACAUGUGACGGUGUUACUGCGCUGCAUGAGGCUAGUAAAAAUGGCCACAGGGAAAUUGUGGCCUUAUUGUUGAGUAAAAACGCAGAUGCCAAUAAACCCACUACCUCAGGAAUGCUGCCUCUGCAUAUUGCUGCCCAGUGUGGACACCACGAGAUUGUGUCCCUGCUUGUCUCUGUGACGAGUCGAGCCAGGCUCCGGCACAGUUGGAUCAGCCCCCUCCACCUGGCAGCAGAGCACAACAGACACACUGUGGCAGCUGUGCUGCUGAAGACAGGUGCAGAUGUAAACGCCACACUGGCCCACAGUCACUCCAUCCAGUAUGCUGAUCGACGAGCCACAGCCCUCUACUUUGCCAUUGCCAACGGCAGCACCAAAACAGCAGAGGUCCUCCUGAACGCUGGAGCCAGUCUGAGCCUGGACCCAGUCAGUCCUCUGCUGAUGGCUGUACGUCAGGGCUGCAUCAGCACCGUGUCUUUACUGCUGGACAGAGGGGCCGAUGUAAAUGCCAGAAUCCCAUCUUAUGCUACCACAUUCCCAGCUCUUGUUGCUCUUUGUAUGAACAAUCUGCCUCUGCUCAAGUGCCUUUUGGACAAUGGCUGUGAUGCCCUCUCCUGUUUUACCUGUGCUUAUGGCAGUGCCCCCCACCCAGCAGCAGGAGAAUCCAGUGUAAGGACUGCUGGCAGCAAUGGAUAUGUUUGGCAGAGUGACAGCAUGCUCCCUUUAAACUGCACUGAGCCACCAGAAAGGACAACACAGUUCUGCGAAUGGAUCUCAACACCUGUCAUGUGUAAAUGGGCAGGGCCAAUUAUAGACUUGUUGCUGGAGCAUGUUGGCCAAGUUCAGCUGUGCAACAAGCUCAUUGAACUGCUGGACAGCCGAGAAGAAUGGAGCACUGUUAAAAUGAAGUCACUGUCACCACGUCCACUGCUGCACCUCUGUAGAUUAAGGAUUCGGAGCCAGAUGGGGAGACACAGACUGAGAUCUAUCACAUGCUUACCUCUACCUAACAGACUGAUCAGAUACCUGAGCCUGGCUGAGUGACUUUAAGAUGAACCUCAAGCAAUAUAGUCCUCAGAGACAUGACUAUAUUUAUCUUUUUGUGGGUCUUUUUAUAGCUGAGUCUGUAAAUGGUCCUCUCAAAGAAAUUCUUUAUGUAUAAAUAUCUAUUUAUAAUAUAUGUGAUGUGACAAUAA